CGCGUGCUCGCGAGGGAGGCUCAGUUCUCGGCGCUCGCGGGCGGACUGGCGCGUGAGGCGGCGGCGGCGCUGCUGCUGUGCGUGAGGGGAGGAGGGAGGCGGCUCCUCUGUGGGACCGUUUCCCCUCCGCAACACCCAAACAACAACAACAACGUCGUUGUGUGAGGGAAACCGAAGCCCGGAGCGGUGGGAAGGAGACGGAGGCGAGACAGAAAGGGUGGGAGAUUUGCCCCCUCCCUCCUCACUUCUCUGACUCAUUCACUGGGCACUUUUGAACCCCCCUCCCUCCCCGGUUUGGCGGGGUGGGUCAGCCUCCGAGUACUUCAACUGGUUUAGAAAGUGGGCCACCUUGGUGCCUCCCUCUCCGUUUGGGUAUUUGAGUCCCCAUCUAUCCCUUCCCCUCGCGACGCGACCAUGGGCUGCACGCUGAGCGCCGAGGACAAGGCGGCGGUGGAGCGGAGCAAAAUGAUCGACAGGAACCUGCGGGAGGACGGCGAGAAAGCGGCGCGGGAAGUCAAGCUGCUCCUCUUGGGAGCUGGUGAAUCAGGAAAGAGCACAAUUGUCAAACAAAUGAAAAUUAUCCAUGAAGCUGGCUACUCAGAAGAAGAAUGUAAACAAUACAAAGCUGUUGUUUACAGUAACACAAUUCAAUCAAUUAUUGCUAUAAUUAGAGCAAUGGGAAGGUUGAAGAUAGAUUUUGGGGAUUCUGCCAGGGCAGAUGAUGCCCGUCAACUCUUUGUUUUAGCUGGAGCAGCAGAGGAAGGCUUCAUGACGACAGAACUGGCUGGAGUUAUCAAAAGGUUAUGGAAAGACAGUGGUGUUAAAGCAUGUUUUAACAGAUCAAGAGAAUAUCAGCUUAAUGACUCAGCAGCAUAUUACUUGAAUGACUUGGACAGGAUAUCCCACACUAACUAUAUCCCAACGCAGCAGGAUGUUCUCCGGACCAGAGUAAAAACUACAGGAAUAGUAGAAACUCAUUUUACUUUCAAAGAUCUCCACUUUAAAAUGUUUGAUGUUGGGGGCCAAAGAUCAGAAAGGAAAAAAUGGAUUCACUGCUUUGAAGGAGUCACAGCCAUAAUUUUUUGUGUGGCACUAAGUGAUUAUGACUUGGUCCUUGCUGAAGAUGAAGAAAUGAAUAGAAUGCAUGAAAGCAUGAAAUUAUUUGACAGCAUUUGCAACAAUAAAUGGUUUACGGACACCUCUAUUAUCCUCUUUUUAAAUAAGAAGGAUCUCUUUGAAGAAAAAGUCAAAAGGAGUCCUCUAACUAUUUGUUAUCCAGAAUAUCCAGGAUCAAAUACAUAUGAAGAGGCAGCUGCAUAUAUCCAGUGUCAAUUUGAGGACCUGAACAAAAGAAAGGACACAAAGGAAAUUUAUACUCACUUCACAUGUGCUACAGAUACCAAGAAUGUACAGUUUGUCUUUGAUGCUGUAACUGAUGUUAUCAUAAAGAAUAAUCUGAAAGACUGUGGCUUGUUCUAAAAGUUUACAUCACGUUGUUCCUCCCCCCUCCCAAUUUUAGGUUCACUGAAUGAGUCACAACCCUUUUUUAAAGACUAUGUAUAUUUUUUGAGCUUGUUUGUUCUUAUUUAUGUAAUCUGAUAAUGUUUUGAAUUAGUUUGUGCAGUCAGUUCACAAAAUUCAGAUCUGUUGAUUUAUAUAAUAACAGGUGCAAACAAUUGCCAGAACACUAUAGUACUUACUCCUUAAAACGAUUUUAUUUAUGUUUGUGUCAAUUUCAAUAAUGUUGGUCAGGAAUCAAAACAUGUUGAUUAUGUGUCUGCUUUUAAUUCUAUGUAUUUUGUGUAUGCAAACAUUGGAUAUAAUAAGUUAAUAACAUGGAUCCUGCAAAGUAUCUAUGUUUAAAAACAGAUUUUUCUGUAAGAGAAAAUAUUAGGGAUUGUUGAUUUCUCAUUCUUGAAGCAGUUCCUUUAAAAUAAUUUUCUAUAUAAUGCAGGUUGCUUUAUUUUCCUUAGUUUUUUAUUUAUAGAUUGACAAAAUUUAAAAGGUAUAAAGUAUUCUUUACAUUUGCUCAGGAUUAAAUGGGAAAUGCCCCAUUGAUUUUCCCAAAGAUUGUUUUUUGUUUUGUUUUGUUGAUUUCUUUCCAAUUUCAAAAUUUUGUGAAACAAUCCAUUCUUCCAUCUUGUGGUUUUCAUUGCCAGACAUUUAACAAAUAGAAGCAGGUAUGAUAUAGUAUGUAGAAGCAAGAUACUCAAGUAUAUGUCAAACUACAUGAUCUAUACAUGAGUAGCACAGAACAUAAUAUUGAGAAUCCAAUGUAGGGGUUUUGAAGCUGUUUCAUAUUUGCUUUGAGUGUAUCUUUUUAAGUGUGCAAGUAUCUCAAAUGUGUAAUUUCAUUCUUGGAAUUAAAACAAAUAACAGAAUGAGUAUUCGGAUAUAGACUUAGUGCAGUUUUAGCUUGUUGACUUUCUUUUCCGCUUCCCAAAGAUUUAACCAUUAACUUUUACUAGUGUUUAAACAUGAAUUAUUUUUAGAUAGAUCAAUAUCCUUUAUCAUCAAAAUAUUUUUGAAAUACAAGGAGUUUGGUAGCAUGGUCACUUUUGGAAUGGAUUUUUCUAUGGAAUAUUGUCACCAUUUUAGUAACUUUAACAUUAUGGCUUGGAUUCUCAUCAGCCCCAUGUGCAAAUGAUGGUCACUUGGUUUAUUUAUUUUUUUAAAACCCAACAUAUUUUGUCUACUAGCAGCAUUGGCCUUCCUCAGUGACUUCACAAAAAUACAAAUAUAAUUCAAAUUAAUACAUUAGCAAGGACAACACAAAUUUAGUUAUGUUAUCUUCAAACAUGUAUAUUUCAUUAUUCUACAAAACAUAAUACAUACCUUUGCACAGAAAUUUCUGGAGAUGUAUAAUAUAUUUUCCAUAGAAAUGGACCAUUAAGCAAAGAGCACUAGAUUAUUAUCCAUGAAUAUCUAUGGACUCAGGUAAUCAGGAGAGAGAAAAAAGAACCAGAAGUUUGUUACAAAGAGAUCUGAUACAGUCAUCUUAAAUGCUACCUCGGUUUACUAUUAUAGCUUCACUAUAAUUUUUAUAUGAGCAAUUGUAAAUUAAAAUUUUCAUUUAGUCCUGUAGGCUUUUCUGAUUUUAAUCUUAAAAUCCAUUAUAUCACUUUUCUUAAGGGUAUAUUCAUUGUGAUUGUGUAUUUUCUCCAGAAUCCACCCCCCCCCCCCCACCACCAUAUCUGAUAUAAAAUAUGUUUCAAAAAGAAAUGUUUGACUUAAAGGAGCACCCAAUUUUUCAUUUUUCAAGUCGGAAAGAUGCUCUCUUAUUCUUUUGACAGUUCUGGAGGUUUAUCCACAUAUUUUAUACAUAUACAUUGAAUGGCAUAAAUAACAUGUCCUGAAAUGUUCAUUUUGUGCUGUUUUUGAACUAUUAUUUAUAAAUUCUAUCAUUUUGAUUGUGGAUGUACAAUGUCCACAUGAAUGUGUUCUUCUGCUUUCUUCACACCCAUUAUUAUGCUUAUAUUGUCGGGUUGUUUUUUGCCAUUAAAUCUUGCAGUUAAGAUAUAAUAGGUUUCUCAUUGCAUCCUGGGAUGUGUAUCCUCCAGAUAUCCCAGGAUGCAAUGGGAAAUCUCAUAUAGUCUAUAAAACAAUCAGGAAUAUUGGGAAUGCCAGCAUUGUUAGUGACCAAAAUGGUAAACAUAAGUGACCAUUAUAAGCACAUGGAGUUUUGUCUCCUGAUUUGCUUUGACUUUUCAUACGUGCUCAUCAGUCCUCUCCCUUGGAUCCAAAGUGGCAUCACGUGUGCAAAGUACUCCCAUCCUUGUAUGAAGAACUGGUGUACAGAUCCCUCAUCUUUCUGAUGACUGUGCUCUGGUCUCCAGCCUUCAUAGUUGAUUUGGUGAUGUUACAAAUCUUCAGAGCACGUGAAUCCAUGUAGCAGUUUGGAUUUGGGCUCAUGUAGAUUCCAUUGAAGUUUUCUCACCAAUAGCUUCUACUUCCACUACUGAAAAAGCAAGCUGCAUAUUGAACAUGACCAGGAAUAGAAACCUCUGGUGCAAUUAAGUCCAGCUUGUGUGUGCUGUGCUCCACUCCUACAGAAAAUGUACCGUAAUUCUUAUUUGCAGGUGCACUAUGCAUUACCUUAUGGUAGUGCCAUAUAUAUACACACAUAAACACAGGAAACGGAGUUUUGUAAAUAAGUGAUUCAUUGCCUAAAAUAUGAGCAUAACAAAGUUGCCAAUAUAGCUUUAUGUAUUUUGCAGCACUGACAAAAUACAUGUUAGCACCCUAUUUUCCUUUUCUAUUCCAAAGCAAGGAAGAACUCCUGAAAAAAACCCAUGUGUUGUUACGUAUUCCUUAGCCUAGAAUUUUUCAGCAUUUAUGCCAAUUGUCACAUUGCUAUUAAAGUACUUCCUUCUUCAUCCCACUAUUCUGAGCAAUUACCAAUAUUAAUUUCAUUUGCUCUCAAAGAAAUUCAGGGUAAUCUACAUAUUUUUAAAGGAAAAAAAUGCCACAGAAAAUAUUGACAGUUGAUUGAACAAAACUAAAGGGUCUCUGAAGUAUUAAUUCUGGGAAUUGAUUCAUGUGCUCUCGAACAAUUAGAGUUGUGUACCAUAGUAUUUGAUUUAUAUAGUUCUGUCUGCUAAAGUAUUUGGUAGUUAAUGUUUCUAGCUCCUUAAGAUUAGGUUUUUAUAUUAUUGCAGUUUUUUUUAAGCAAGAAAAUUAAAUUACAGUAAGAUUUCAAUCUAAGUUAUUUGUGCCUUGUCUGAAAGAGAUAUUUUUUCAUUAGAACAAAAAUGAUGAACAUCCUUCUGUAAUUAUAAGUCAACUGGAAAAAGAAAUAAAGUUUGAGUAAAUUCAAA